AUGGUCUACAGUUCAUUGAAUCUGUACAUCUCGAGCGAGACGUUCACGUUCGAGCCUGUAUAUCAGAACCCGUCGGUGCGAAGGGAGACUUUGGUGAUUAACCGCAUCGAUGGGUCAUUGAAUCUGAACGCCCCGCCAGCGCCGACACUGCGACAGGAGGAAGUCAUCAGCAUCCAUGGGCUGUUGGGUGUAAUCAAGUUGAACGCCGGCGACCAUAUUGUUGUUAUCACGGGGCGUGAGAGGAUUGGGAAGAUAUCCGGCCAUGAGGUCUACAAGCUCACUGGACAUAAGACCAUCCCAGUCCAGCGAAGUAGAUUGCAUCUCUCCGAGCAGCAGAUUCAAGACGAUGUCAACUAUGUCUUCAUGCUCGACACGCUUCUUGGUGCCGGCUACUUCUACUUUUCGUACACCUUUGACCUCACGAACUCAGCACAGCGAACAAGCAAACAGGCAGCCAAAGAGCGGCCUCUUUGGGCUACAGCAGAUGAGCGGUUCUUCUGGAAUCGCUAUAUGCAAAGGAGGCUGAUAGAGAUGAGCACGUCACGACCUGACCACGACCUCAGCAACUUUAUUCUUCCCAUCAUGUGUGGAUUCAUAGAGCUCAAAGACAUCUCCGUGAACAACCGUCGCCUAACAUUCGGUCUCAUCACGCGCCGAUCACACCAUCGAGCUGGAACUCGAUACCAUUCGCGCGGGGUCGACGACAACGGCAACGUUUCGAAUUACGUUGAGACUGAGCAGAUUGUUGUCACGGAAGCCGGGGACAAGACGUCGUAUGUGCAGACGCGUGGGUCGAUACCGCUCUAUUGGAAGCAGACGGCAAACAUUAGAUACCAGCCGAAAUUGGAAGUUGUGCCGGAUCCGAAGACGGCCGCGUCUUUCAAGAAGCAUUUCGAUGAGCAGCUGCGGUUGUAUAACCGCCAGAUCGUGGUGAACUUGAUCAACAAGAAAGGAUAUGAGCACCCGCUUGGGAUAGCGUUUGCGAGUGCCAUCCAAAGGCUGAAUGAGCCACGCAUCAGAUACGUCCAUUUCGACUUUCAUCACGAGUGCCGAAACAUGCGAUGGGACCGCAUCUCCGUGCUCCUCGAGGACAUCCGGCCCGAGCUGGAAGCUCAAGGCUACUUCAAGCAAGACGCCAAAGGCGCCGUACUGAAGCAGCAAGACUCGGUCGUGCGCACCAACUGCAUGGACUGCUUGGACAGGACCAAUGUAGUGCAGAGCGUGCUGGCUCGCAAUUCGCUCAAGCAGCAGUUUGUGGAGCUAGGGAUUUUGCCGCCUGGUGGGAAGGUGGAGGAUGCUGUGGAAUUUGAAAGGGUUUUCAAGCAUAUCUGGGCCGACAACGCCGACGAAGUUAGCCGGCAAUACAGCGGCACCGGUGCCCUUAAAACGGACUUUACGCGCGGUGGGAAACGCACGCGGGCCGGCGCGCUGCAGGAUUUCCGAAACUCGGCUGUUCGGUACUUCAAGAACAAUUUCCUUGAUGGGUCUCGGCAGGUGUGCAUCUGUCGCGUCUGGUGGCGAUUUGUGCGGUUUGUGAGCGACUGUCGUUGUUUCUUACACAUGCAUCCUCUCUGGAACGUUUUACAGGAUGCAUUCAAUCUCAUGCUGGGAGUAUAUGAGGUGAACCCGACCGUGGUCUCGCCGUUUUUGCAGCAAGAGCGGCCUAUUCGGUAUCUCGUGGUAUGGGCUUUUCUUUCGUGUUGA